GUGAGGAGGCGGAUCCAUUUCACGGAGGAAGCUUCCUCGUCGGACCGAAGAAGUAAACACAGCAGGUCGCGGUGGCGUGGCGGAGCGGCCGGCUGCCGGCUUCUUCUGUCGUCUCGAUCGCCGGCGGUGCCUCUUCUCUCCUCUUCCCUUCUUCUAUGCGCCGCCUCCUCCUCCUCUUUCGCCGUCCCUGCCGACCAAACCCUGCUGCUGCUGCUGCUGCUGCCGCCUCCUCCUCCCCUUGGUCAAGUCCUCCCCACCGCCUCAGGCGCAUGUCGACGUCCUCCUCUGCUCAUGCUGCCGCGGCGGUCGUUGCCGAGGGCUCAGCCGCCCGCCGCUUCUGGAUCGCCGCCUCCUCGCGCGAGGCCGCCUUCGCCUCCUACACGCCCUUCCUCAUCUCCCUCGCCGCCGGGACUCUCCGCCUAGACUCCUUCCGCCAGUACAUCGCGCAGGAUGCCCACUUCCUCCACGCCUUCGCCCGCGCCUAUGAGAUGGCCGAGGAGUGCGCCGAUGACGACGAGGACAAGGCCACCAUCACCCUCCUCAGGAACGCCAUCCUCCGUGAGCUCAACCUCCACGCUUCUGUCCUUCAGGAAUGGGGGGUUGAUCCCAGCAAAGAGAUCCCUCCAAGCCCAGCCACGACUAAGUACACUGAUUUCUUACAUGCAACUGCUACAGGAAAGGUUGAUGGUGGGAAAGGUUCUGAUAAAAUGGUCACACCAUUUGAGAAGACAAAAAUUGCUGCAUACACUGUUGGGGCCAUGACCCCAUGCAUGAGGCUUUAUGCAUAUCUUGGCAAAGAACUUGCGGUUUUCCUGAAACAGGAUGAAAAUCAUCCAUACAAGAAAUGGAUUGAGACUUACGCGUCUGGUGAUUUUGAGGAUAAUGCACUCCAAAUAGAAGAGUUGCUUGAUAAAUUAAGUGUCUCGCUAACUGGUGAGGAGCUUGAGAUUAUUGGAAAGCUCUACCAGCAAGCUAUGAGACUGGAAGUUGAGUUCUUCUCUGCCCAGCCAGUAGAUCAACAUGUUGUUGCUCCACUCUCAAGAUAUUGUGAACCCAAAGAAAAGCUCUUGAUAUUUUGUGAUUUUGAUUUGACAUGCACUGUUGUUGAUUCGUCUGCUAUUUUGGCGGAAAUUGCAAUCUUGUCAUACCAAAAGGCUAGUCAAGGUGGGGCUGAUAAUUCCCUUGAUCGUACAACAUCCGCAGAUUUAAGAAAUUCAUGGAAUAUGCUCUCAAAUCAAUACUCGGAAGAGUAUGAGAAAUGCAUAGCAAGCUUACUUCCUCCAGAAGAAGCAAGGUCACUAGACUAUGAUCAACUGUACAAAGGUUUGGAGAUGCUAUCGGAGUUUGAGAAACUUGCAAACUCCAGGGUUGUUGAUUCUGGUGUACUGAGGGGAAUGAAUUUAGAUGACAUCCGAAAAGCUGGAGAACGGCUUAUUCUGCAAGAUGGAUGUAAAAGUUUCUUUCAAAAGAUUGGCAAAACAAGGGAGAACCGUGAUUUGGAUAUUCAUAUUCUUUCCUAUUGCUGGUGUGCAGAACUUAUAAGGUCAGCCUUUUCAUCAGUUGGUUGUCUAAGUGGGCUGAACAUACAUUCAAAUGAGUUUGCUUUUGAGGGGUCCAUUUCAACUGGUCAUAUUAACAGACAAAUGGAGUCUCCUCUGGACAAAGUUGAAAAGUUCAAGAGCAUAAAAAAUGACAUGGGUACUACAGGGCCAUUAUUGUCGGUUUAUAUUGGGGACUCGGUUGGAGAUUUGCUUUGCUUGUUGGAGGCAGAUAUUGGUAUUGUUGUUGGAUCAAGCACAAGCUUGCGGAGAGUGGGCAAACAGUUUGGUGUUACAUUUGUUCCUCUGUUACCUGGGCUGGUGGAGAAGCAGAGGCAAGUUGCAAAGGAAGAAUCAUCCAUAUUCAAGGGACGGUCUGGAAUUCUUUAUACGGUUUCUAGCUGGUCGGAGAUACAGGCUUUCAUUAUGGGAAAUGUUUACAGCUGAUUGCUGGUGCUCCUGUGAACCUUUUUCCUUCACAAACAGACUGGUGCCUGGCUGCCACUCGAUGCAUAAACCCCCGAGGUGGCCAUUUUAUUAAAGCCGCAUGGCAGCUCUCUUCGUGUACGAACGAAUCACCUUGUGUUGUCCGAUGGUUUUGUAUGAUCAAUGUGUCAUUGAUUACACUCGACCCCUUUCCAUUUGGGGAUCAUUUCAGUUUCCUUUUUACUCCGGAGUGAUACACCCAAGUGCAAGUGUAACUGUAGAGAUGAUGCUUGUAGCAAUAAAAGGUUGAUUGCGACGUGCUUCCAUAGAGCAGAGCCUGCUCCUGUGGGAUUGUGGGCUGCAGGCAGACGAGUACUAUACUCUUAUAGCAUAUAUAAUAGUAGUAUAUAUUGAUGAAUUUGCACAUUAAUUGAUUAUUAUUAGCUAGUCCCUCUU